AUGCCGCAGAAGACCAAGAGGAAAACUGAUUUCCUUUUUAUUUUAAUUUACAUCUGCGUAGAGCCGUACGGGAAAAGUAAAAGCUCGUGCAUUUUCGUAUCAAUAAACAUUGUCAUGGUUGCCGUUGCUUGUGUUGGUCUUGUUCUAUUGUCACUUGUCAAUAGUGUUGCGAGUAAUUGCUUGGUUGCUGGUGGUUGUGGUGUAGGCAGUUGCUGUUCAGCAUUUGGUGUUUGUGGUUCUGGUGCGCAGUAUUGUGGUUCAACAGCUGUUGUAUAUCCUGGAUGGUCAGGCGCACCGUAUGUUGGUGGCGAUUGUCGUGUUAUAGGUUGUGGAGCUGGUUACUGCUGUUCACCUUAUGGAUACUGUGGAAAUACAGCUGAUUAUUGUGGUACACCUGUUGUUGUUGUUGCACCAGCACCAGCUCCAGCACCUGCAGUAGGUCAAUGCCGCCUAACUGGCUGUCCAGCGGGUUCAUGCUGUUCACAAUACGGAUAUUGUGGAACUACAGCUGCUCAUUGUGGUGUAUCGUCAUACGGUAACUGUGGUGCCACAGCAUGUGGUUCUAAUCUCUGCUGUACACGAUAUGGAUAUUGUGGAUCAGUUAGUGUUUAUUGUGCAUUUCAACGAUCUUCAAACGACAAUCAAGCAGCUUCGCUUGAAGGUGAAUUCCAAGGUCAAGCUACCUACUACAAUGAAACUCGACUUGGCUCACAAUAUUCAACCUGUGGUAUUGAACGAGGUCGAUCAUUGAACGAAGAUAAUGAAGCAGUCUAUGUUGCUGCUAUUAAUCCAGCUCAAUUUGAUCCUUACACAGCCAAUGGCAUUCCAAGCACCAAUCCAAUCUGUCAAAAGAAAGCUGUAGUUAAAGGUGCCAAAGGUGAAAUUAAAGUUCGUUUCGUGGAUCGAUGCUUCGACUGUAAACAAGGUGAUAUUGCAUUGACACAAGAUGCUUUCAUCGCUGUUGCUGGCGAACUUGGUACUGGACAUACUAAUGUUGAAUGGCAUUUCAUUUAA